CUGCAGUACGUGCUUACUUCACGAUGAAACAUGGCUGACAAUAUAUGCUCGUGUAACGUGGCAGAAGAAGACGCUAGUGGAUUCUGAAAGUCGGGAAAUGAUGGUUAGGAACGAUUUUUAGAGGAGAUCAGUGGAAUCUUUGAAGAAACAACAUGAUGGACAUUAUCCUUGUUGCUGUGCUUCUGCUCAUUGCAUUGCUGCUGCACUGGAUAAAAACAGGUCCAACUCCGGAAACAGAUCGACCAAUACCACAAGAUUGUAACAGAACUCAAAAUAUAGGAUUUGGAGAAGCUCAACCUGUACCAGAAGGUGCCCCCGAGUGGCCUUCCACGCCCGUUAGGAGACGCCAUGCAUCUGGUCAAAGCACGUGCAAGAAAGUUGUCGAGAAUGAGUCUCCUGGAAGUUCUGGGAAAACUCACCGUCAAGAUCGUGAUUUCACCGAUUCAAAAAAAUGUAGAACAGGUCAUGGAGAAGAUGGCAAUCAUAAAUCGUCUACUGUAACAGUUUGUACACCAGCAUUAUUUCCUGAACAGAGGAACCAAUCUGAAGACAGAAUUGACGAGUCUGAUGUUGGAAAGAUACCAGCAGUCCCUGACAAAGUCACUGGACAUAUGGCAACCCACAACGUUGUAACCAACUCUACUCAUGUCACAAUAGUAGGAGAAGCCCAUGCCAGUGGAGAUAUAAAUAUCAGCACACAUGAAAGACAAGAUGACUUCGGCCAAGAGAUAUACUUCCACACACAAAAUGCUGUGCCAACUCCUGUCCUUGAUCAUACAUUGGAGCUCCUGAAGAAGCAUUCAACUGCCAUCCUCACUGGCUGCCCUGGAUCAGGAAAGACAGUCAUGGCCUAUAUGGUUUUGAAAGCCAUGAUGAAAGACUAUUGUCCUUGUGUAAUGAAGUCAGCCAGUGACUUCAAAACAAGUAUAUAUGGAAAAGAAAAUGUGGUUAUCUUCAUUGAUGAUCUUUUUGGUUCAGUUACUUUUGAACAGUCACUUCUUACUGAUUUGAGACCCUUUUUGAAGAACGUGCAACAACUAAUACGAACAGAAAAGGUGAAGGUAAUAUUCACCACACGUAUUAGUGUGCUUGAAGAGGCAAUCCCUUUUCUAGACAGAUCGCAAUCUUUAUUUAAUCACAAAUUAAGGGUAAACCUGUCAGCAAAAGGGUUCUUACCUGAUGAUAUCAUGAUGGCAAUGCUGAACAGCCAUUUAAGAAGAUCGGACAAACUGCACUUUGAGAAAUCUCGUAUGAAAUCUAUGAUUGAUAGCUUUGACAAGGAUACAGCAGUUCAUGGGUUUCCACAUUGUUGUGAAUUUCUUUUGACAAGUAAACAUGCUCAAAACAACCCAGAAUACUUUUUUGCACAUCCACUUCAGGUGAUGAAAAGCACGGUUACAUCCCUUUUGAAGGAAAAUAAUAAAGUAGAGAAGUUGUUCAAGUUCCUGAUUUUCAGCGAUUGCAUAGAUUUAAGAAAACUUGAAUGUGACAAACUUCAGUUGGAGAGGGCGGAUGCUCGUGAGGUUAUUGCUGCAAUGACUGGGACGUUUCUGCGUUCUGAGGGACACCUGGUAAAAUUCAAACAUCCUUCACUGUAUGAAUGUACAGCAGCUGUGAUUGGCAAGAAUGACCCAGAAUUUAUUUUGAAGAGUGCAAAAAUUGCCUACAUUUGUAGAUAUGUACAGAUAUCUGAUCCAAAGACUGCUGCUGCUGCUGCUGCUGAUGAUGAUGAUGAUGAUGAUGAUGACAGUAUUAUGCUUACUUUGAAAAACUACAUGACUGAAGAACUUGUGGAGAGAUUUGCGUCAGAGCUUACACACAGGUCAUUCACGGUGUUAUUCACUCACCCCCUCUGGAGGAAUCUUGAGUUCAGCAUCAGAGUAAUUUCAGCAGCAGUUUCAAAGGAUGGUAAAGAUUGCAUCAUUUCAUGGGAUGGCAGCAGCAGAAGCUCUAUGCUACACUGGGCAGCACGAAUUCAUUCCAAAGGCAUAUUUGAAUAUGUUUUCAAUGGAUAUGAACAUGACAUAUCAAAUGAAGUGAAAGUAGAUACAAUCUAUGGUUGCCUCAUUUGGAGCAACAUUGAGGGCCUAGAAUACCUUUUGAAGAAAUAUCCUGAUUGUACAGUUUCGGGGAAUUUCGAUGGGGCAUCAGCUCUUAGUCUUGUUGCAAGAAGAGGAAGUGACAAAAUGGUCCGGUUGCUAAUGGAAAAAGGCAUCGAUAUUAAUGAUAGAGAUGACAGAGAAGCAACAGCCUUACAUUGGGCAGCUGCAGCUGGAAACACAGAGGUGUUGGAUACACUUAUACAGGCUGGUUGUGACAUUAAUGCUGAGAAUGGGGAUAGUGCCACACCCCUACACUUUGCUGUGCUACAUGGACACAGGGAAUGUGUUGAAAGUUUAGUCGCAAAGGAAUGUUCUCUAGAUGUUGACAUCCCAAUGUUUACAGAUGGUAUGAAUUCACAGGAACUCGAAUUUUACGCUUGUCAUGAAUACAGAAUUCCGGGGUUUUCAGGCACUCCUCUUCAUAUUGCAUGUUUGAAUCAGGAUCCAGAUCUAACAAAAAUACUCCUAGCUGCCGGUGCUGAUACCAAUGCAGUGAAUGGGUUUGGACUGACACCUCUUCAUGCCACAUUUCAUCAUGGAAAUUCGAAAUGUCUAUCAAUGCUUCUGAACAAGGGGGCCAACGUUAACAUAAGGACUGACGCUGGAUCUAUAUUUGAUAAGGCAGUGUUUUGGGGGAAGAUCGAUCAUUUCUUGAAACUGCUCAGCUGCCUGCCAAACUCCCAAAGAUGGGUAACACCACUGACAAAUGUGUCUGAAAGUUUAAUCAUUGACAAUAUACAUCUUCAUCACAACAUUGUAGAUGGUUACACGAUUUUGCACCUUGCUGCACUCUCCCAGAAUGUAAAACUAAUGCAAUCCUUACUGAACUAUUCUACUGUGAAUGUCCAUGUUCGAUCAGUCAGUGAAUUCACGCCUUUCCUUGCUGCAGUUGCAACAGGCAAUGUGGACAUGAUGGAUAUUCUCAUUGCAGCUGGGUCUGACGUCAAUCAUCAAACAUUUACAGGCAAAAUGUCAGCCCUGUACUUAGCUUCGUCUAAGAAUGAUAUUGCUACGGUUAAAUACCUUUUGAAUCAUGGGGCCAAUGUAGAUCUAAAAGGAAUGGAUGACUCCACUGCAUUACACUUAGCAAUCCUCGUCGAUCAUCAAAACAUGGUGAAACUGUUGAUACAAAAUGGAGCAAGAAUAGAUACAAAAGACCCCCUGGGAAUCACGCCAAUGCAUUUGGCAUGUAGAGCAGGUAACACUGAAAUUCUUAACAUGUUGUUGGAAAACAAAGCAGACAUUAAUGUUCCAAAUGCUCUUGGGGAGCAACCUCUUUCAAUUGCAGCAUAUUAUGAUAGCAGGGAAGUGGUAAAUGUACUGAUUUCAGCUGGUGUAGAAAUUGAUCAUCUGGAUAAAGAGAAAUACGCGAAUGCCCUCUUCCUGGCAGCUGAUUCAGGAUACUUUGAGAUCGCUACAUCACUUCUAAAAGCUGGAGCAAAUCCCAACAUCCGAUGUGUAUAUGACCAAACACCACUCACCAAAGCAGCAGAAUCUGGACAUGAAAGACUUGUCAAGGCUUUAAUACAGAAUAAUGGGGAUGUGAACCACAAGGCAAAAGAUGGAAUGACACCUUUAAUGCUGUCUAUCUUGAAUGGGCACACCUCUGUCGCCAGACAUCUUUUGAAACAUGAACAGAUCAACCUACAAUUAGAGGAUAUUGAUGGCGAUACAGCUUUACAUUUUGCCUGCAGGCGUAACAUGAUUGAAGUUGUAAGAAUGUUAACUGAAGUUGGUGUUGAUGUCAAUACUAUCAACAACCAGGGCGAAACACCGCUGAUAGCAGCAGUUCAGGGUCUUAUUCAAGCUGGGGCAGAUGUAUCGGUGACAAAGAGUGGAGGACAACAAGUUUUCACUGCAGCUGUAUCAAGUGGAAGAACUAUUGUAUUGGAUAAACUGAUACAGGCAGGAGCUGAUUUAAAUAUGAAAGGGAAACAUGGAAAGACAGCCCUACUGGCAGCUGCGAAAGAAGGUUCCUGUGAACUGGUUGGAGCACUUUUGGGUGCAUCUGCUGAUGUAAAUAUCACCAACAUCUUCGGAGUUACACCUUUGUAUGAGGCAGCAAGGAGGGGGCAUUUGGACAUUGUGAAGAUGUUAGUGGAUGCUGGAGCCGACAUCCAUGUAAUCUUCUUUAUGGAAAAAACUCCUCUUACUGUCGCUGCUCAGUAUGGACGCUUAGAUGUUGUGCAGUAUUUGUUGGGAAAGGGGGCUGACGUUAAUGGUGUUGAUGCAGAGGAACGCACGGCUCUGUCCAGGGCCGUGUAUGAAGGUCACAUAGAUGUCGUGAUGGAACUGAUUGGAAGUGGAAUUAGUCCUGAAUGUUUGGAGGGCGCCAUCAAUAGUUGUCGCUCUGGAGACAUGAUGGACAUACUCCUGUCCCAGCUGACUUAAUACAUGUAGCACUUGUAAAACCACUGUGAACACACAUUUGACAGGAUACUGUUGUUGAGGAUGUUUGGUGAUCGACAAGCACACCUCUUACAUUGGCAAAUACAUAUCUGUUCAUGCCUGAAUUCUGCCUUAUGAAGUAAUGUCUAAGUUUGAUAUUAUGCUUAAAUGAUGAAUCUGCUCAGUAUAUGUUAUUCUGUAGAUAUCAUUGGUUGCAUAGACAUAAUGCAGCCCACUCGACUUUUGAUAGGGAUAUUUUCAUCAUUCUCUUAAGUGUUUUACAGUGAUAGUUUUCAUAACCAUAAUGGGGUUGUCACACAUAUAGUAGAACCCCCCUUCUGCAAAGACUUAAUCAUGAAUGGUAUCAAGUGCGUUUUAUGGAAAUGUUAUACAAAAAGAAUUAAUAUUAUCUUCUUGAUUUUGUGUUCCAUAUUAAGCUUCAAGACAGUCGGUUAAGUUUCAAUGGUGUGUCAGUUGAGGUUUAAAAGUGGCAUGGUUAUUUGUGGGACGCUUCAAUCUCUUUACACACCCGUCAAGGCUAUUAGGUGGUACAAAACUUGACUAAUGUUAUUGUCAACCAUAUCAUACCCAAUACAAAAACCGAUCAUUCACAUUACAACACCAAGACUCCUAGAUAUGCUCGAGGACGAAGGUCGAGUUUUGGUCGUUGGUUGAUUUGAGGUGUAAUAUGAAAAGUAUUAAAUCCAUUUAUCCCACACCUUUUAAAUGUCCACUGGACCACGCAUUCAACAAACAAUAUUAUGUAAUUUUGAAGUAUUAUCACACUACCUUGUGUUGUGGAACAAUGUUCUUAUCUCAUUUUGUUUCCAAAUCCAUCGGUGUAGGAUUCCAUGAAACCGCCCUUUCCCGAUCGCCUCCUUCAAAUUUCUUCACAAACAUCAUCCAGCUUCAAUUUUCUAUCACCAUGGGAAUUCAACUCUACACCUUCUAUUGUGUAUUGUGACCAAGUCGUCUGAAGCGCCAUGAUUAUCUGUGCAGAGUUGGGAAUUAUCUGCGCGACUUGGGAAAGCCAGAAACCUAUGGUCUUGGGUUCGAAUCCUAGUUCUCCCCGAUUUUCUUAUAGGUUUGUCAGCACCCUACCUAUGGUCGUGGGUUCGAAUUCUGUUUCUCCCAAUUUUAUGUUUAUAGGUAUGUCAGCACCCUACCUAUGGUCGUGGGUUCGAAUCCCGGUUCUACCAAUUUUAUGUUUUUAGGUUUGUCAGCACCCUGCCUAUGGCCGUGGGUUCGAAUCCUGGUUCUCCCAAUUUUAUAUUUUUAGGUUUGUCAGCACCCUACCUGUGGUCGUGUGUUCGAAUUCUGUUUCUCCCAAUUUUAUGUUUAUAGGUUUGCUAGCACCCUACCUGUGGUCGUGGGUUUCACAAAAGUGGUAACUGUCUGAGACAUGCGUCACUUCCCUUCCCUGACACGCCAUGUUCCAACUUGAAUAUUGUUCCAAACUGCGUUUAACCCAAGUCACUCACUCACUCUGUGGUGCCUAGCGUCACUUAAACUGAUUUGUUCCAGGCAUAAGGCUUUGUCUACAAGUCAUGGUCUAGAAACAUAAUCGGGGCGAACCGGGAUUCGAACCCACAAUCAUAGGAUUCUGGCGUGCCCAAGGGACGCAACUCUGCACAGCGAAUAGCGGCGCCUCAGACGACUGGGCCACCCGUGCCCUUAUAUCAUUAUGAAAGUUCAUUGUAAGCAACACUUUGUAUAAAUGACGAUAUACAUGAUUCUGUCCCGAGAAGCUUGUAAUUUGUCGAUCCAUGUACAAUAAUUCGACUGAAUACAGAUAGCUUUAUUAGUUUCCUAGGUUCCAGUUUAUUGUG